AUUACACAUGUGCUCUGUUUGGAGGAUUAAAGGGUUUAGUGUCUGUGUUUUAUUGACUUUCAUACAGCAGCUGUCAUCUGGAGUUGAAAGACUAGACCUUCAAUGAAUCGAAUAUCUAUUCACCUGUCACUUUACGCCCGAUAGCAGAGCUUCAAUGAAGUGAACUGCGAGAUGUCUGCCAAGAAUGUGCAAUAUUUUGCCUUUUUUGCCAUCUGCUUGAUGUUUGUACCAGUUUGCUGGGGGGCCAACGGGAUCUACGCCCAGAAACUGCUCAAUGAUUUAUUUAGAAACUACACAAGUGCGCUGAGGCCAGUGGAGGACACAGAAGACAUCCUGAACGUCACACUACAGAUCACCCUCUCCCAAAUCAUUGGCAUGGAUGAGCGUAACCAGAUUCUGACGUCGUAUCUGUGGAUACGGCAGGUGUGGAUUGACAAGUAUCUCACCUGGAAUAAGGAUAACUAUGACGGGCUUGAUACCAUCCGUGUACCUGGUAGUUAUGUAUGGAGGCCCGAUAUAGUCCUAUAUAACAGCGCUGAUGAUCACUUCACCAGCACUAUGGACACCAACGUCGUGAUCCGUCAUGAUGGUCAGAUCAUGUGGGAUGCUCCAGCCAUCACCAAAAGCUCCUGUAAAGUUGACGUCUCGUUCUUCCCCUUUGACGCCCAGCAGUGCCGUCUGACAUACGGGUCAUGGACCUACAACGGCAACCAGCUUGACAUAUUGAACGCCAUGGAGAGUGCAGAUCUCGCAGACUUGGUGGACAACGUGGAAUGGGAGGUGCUGGGAAUGCCAGCCAAGAAAAACAUCAUUCUGUACGGCUGCUGUGCAGACCCUUAUCCGGAUGUGACGUAUACUCUGAAACUGAAGAGAAGGGCCUCGUUUUAUGUGUUCAACUUGCUCAUUCCGUGUGUGAUGAUCUCUUUCUUGGCUCCGCUGGGUUUCUAUCUACCUGCAGACUCUGGGGAGAAGGUGUCACUGGGAGUCACCGUGAUGCUGGCGCUCACCGUGUUUCAGCUGCUGGUGGCUGAGAUCAUGCCUCCUUCAGAGAAUGUACCUCUUAUAGGAAAGUAUUACAUAGCCACGAUGACCAUGAUCACUGCAUCCACUGCCCUCACCAUCUUUAUUAUGAACAUACAUCACUGUGGCCCCGAGGCCAAACCUGUCCCAAACUGGGCCAAGAAAUUCAUCCUGCAGUAUCUGGCCAGGAUUUGCUUUGUCUACGAAGUUGGAGAGAACUGCAUGACCGCACAGCCAGAGAGACCAGACCCUCAACCACCCAAACCACCUGACUCCAACUGCAACAUGAACGGCCAAGCUGGGAAAGAUGAUUUUGUGUUCAAAUUUGAGAGAGGUCAGGAUGCCAUGUCUUCAAAGCUUCCAGAAGACACAGAAGACAUGUCUCAGAUCAUGAGCCCGGCGUGCUCACUGGGAAAACACCCCACCUGUCGCUAUGGCAUGUGGAAGGAGGGAGCGUUCAUGAGCAUGGAUUGUGGCGAUGGGGCGGAAGAGGCAGGAAAAGCCACAGGAAGAGGAGAAGAUGGAUGCAGAGAUCAUGAUGGCGGGCUCAAAGUGCAGUGCAAGUGUGAGCAGCAGCAUCUCAUGAGGAAUAUCGAGUAUGUUGCAAACUGUUACCGAGAUCAGAGAGCGACUGCAAGAAGAACGGGAGAAUGGAAAAAGGUCGCCAAGGUUCUGGACCGAUUCUUCAUGUGGCUGUUUUUUAUUAUGGUUUUCUUCAUGAGCCUGCUCAUAAUGGGGAAAGCCAUAUGACAUUAAAUAAAGAUAUAACCGAAAGGACAUAACUGAUUAAAGGACGGCAACCAGUUGGUCAUUAUGGCAAACAAACCCAGACAGAGUGAUCAGGAGAGGUUUAUUUUGCAAUAACAAUCAGUUAAAUAUACAUUAUCCCACUUACUGUAAAAUAAAUGGACAAAAUAUAUGUAUCAUUUUAUUAUGUGAGAAAAGAAGAGACUAUGAAGUGACACGAGACAUUAGAGGCCAAUAUGCAAAAUACUUGAGCACAUAAAACAGUGAUUGACCAAUUAGAAUCAAGUAUUCCAAAGAGCUGUUUAAUAUACAUAACUUCUGAUAUAGCUAUUUAGCCUGCAUGCUUAGUGAUUGAACAAUUGGAAUCUUUUUUUUUCUGUGUUUACAGACAUAAAUAAUUGUGAGUAAAUGUAUAUUAUAGACUAAGCAAACACUGUCUUCUGCUCUGGACAACAUGCCUGAAACAGAAGCAUUAAAAGACUGAUGACAGAUGUUGUGGUGCUUUGUUGUUUUUUUUUUUGUUUUUUUUCU